UUCCCUUGUCUAUUAAGAUUCAUCUUCUUUCUCACAACAAGAAGUUGUCCAAGUGUUUGCUAAUGGCUCUCCCUCUUCUCACUCUACACAUUGCUUGAAACCAAAGAAAAGCUCUUUUCUUUUGUUCCUGUUUUUCCUCUUGCCCACCUUCUUAUCUUUAUCUCUUUCUCUUUCUCUCUCUCUCUAGCUUGUUCUUCUUCAGUGUAUGGUUUGGUUUGAGAGUAGCAGGGGAAGGGAUGAGUGCUACAAAGUUUAUUAAAUGUGUGACUGUAGGGGAUGGAGCUGUGGGGAAAACAUGUAUGCUUAUCUGCUACACUAGCAACAAGUUCCCUACUGAUUAUAUUCCAACUGUGUUUGAUAACUUCAGUGCCAAUGUUUCUGUGGAUGGGAGCAUUGUAAACUUGGGAUUGUGGGAUACUGCAGGACAAGAAGAUUAUAGCAGAUUGAGGCCACUGAGUUAUAGAGGGGCAGACAUUUUUGUUCUGGCUUUCUCCUUGAUAAGCAGGGCCAGCUAUGAAAAUGUUCUGAAGAAAUGGAUGCCAGAACUCCGUCGCUUUGCUCCUAAUGUUCCAAUUGUUCUGGUGGGAACCAAACUAGACCUUCGUGACGACAGAGGAUAUCUUGCUGAUCACCCAGGUGCUGUUGCAAUAACACCUGCACAAGGUGAGGAACUUAGGAAGCAAAUUGGUGCUUCAGCAUACAUUGAAUGCAGCUCCAAGACUCAGCAGAACGUCAAAGCUGUUUUUGAUACUGCAAUUAAGGUGGUUCUGCAACCUCCUCGAAGGAAGGAGAUCGCCAAGAAGAAACGUAGAAGAAGAUCCGGUUGCACAUUGCUUACCUGUCUGUGUGGAAACACAUGUGAUGCAUGAGAUGCAACAAACCAAGCUAGCAAACAUUUUGCAGAGAGAGAGGGAACUUUUGGUUCUCUGAAACUUUACUUUUAAGUAGACUUUGUUUUGUUGAUGAUGGAACAAAGCUAACACAAUGUAUUCGUAUUGUAUCGUCUUCUUGACACUAUCUGCUUUACUUACGCCGACGAUAUAUGACUUUGUUGUGCGUAUUUGAUUCUGAAGAACUUCAGCAGUAUAUCAGUAUAUGUGAAGUUUGAUUAUAUGAAUCUAAACGUGGUGAUUUCAUAGCCGAAACAGUUCAAUUUUUUA